GAGCACGCCAAGUUGUUAUCGCAGGCGCUGCAGCUCCUAUUCGCCUCGGAAAUGCUCAUCUUUGCCGAGUACUUUGAGUUGGCGGGUGCGGUGGUCUAUGGUUUGUAUUCUUUUGCACUCUACCACUUGCCGUACGCCAACUACAACUUCAGCUUCAUGGGCGUCUCUACUAGAGAGUUUUGGUGUUCUUUCGGGAGCACAGCGGUCUACGCCGUGUUCAAACUACUGUCGCUAGCGGCGUUGUUUGCGCUGGUUCGCACCAAGUGCGGUGUCUCGACGCUCUACCAACUCUCGUUCGUUCUGGAGAAGUACUGGAUGAGUGUACAAGGCAAAUUACUAUCUGCGCUGCUGUUCACGUUUUUUCUCAACACGGUUCACCACGGU